AUGGCCGUCCCGGGGCCGAGAUUGUCGGCGACUCUGACCGAAGGAAGACCGCCGUACGAUGCCGCCUAUCAUCACCAUAGCGCCGCCCGUCUGAAACUCCGACCAGCUCCGCACUUUCGAAAUUCAGAUCGAACCUCCCCAGCUCCGCCAUCCGCCCACCCGUCGUCGUUCAAAAUUUCAACCGCCUUCUCCCAGCCGCACCUCCGCCCAUCUCCGUCCAUUCGAAGAAUCAGCCGCACCUUCGCCAUUCAAAGGUUCAGCAGCACCUCCGUCCGUUCAAAGGUACGGUCGCCACCUCCACCCGUUCAGACUGCCACAAUUGACGGCGUUCAGCCGCUAUUCAUCACUAGACCAAUUAUGCCAUCGAGGAGGCAACCUCUGCUUUGCCGCGGACGUCCCCUGAAUAGUCGGAGUAGCUUAGCAGCGGAGGUCAGGCAGAGGGAUGAAGGCGCGGCGGUGGCUGCGGUGGGUUUGGAGCCGCGUACAUGGGUGGCGGAUGUCGGUGCCGGAAUAUGGUGA